CGGUGGUUGGGGACCAUUGAUUUAACUGACACCCCUGUAAAUAUUACCUUCAUACCUUUAUCUAUCUUCUAUGUUAUACUAUUAUGUUAUGUAUUUGGUGACAUUUUCUCGUUUCCAAACACAUUUAAAGCCAAUAGACUGCUGUUUACAGUUACGCCACCAGAGAGCGCUAGACAAAGAGUAGAUGUUGCAUACUCCGGUGCAGUAAAUGACGCUAUGCAACCCGCCUGUUAAGUAAAAGAAGAAGAAAGGCUUCCUGCGACCACAUAGAAGAAGAAGAAGAAGAUUUCAUGUUUGGACACUACCACAGACAUAAAACGGCAGUGUCGCCUUUAAGUCUGAGUUUAUCUCUCAUUUCCACAUGUUUACUAAUUCGUCUAUCGUGUGUCGAACUACACUUUAUUCAUUCUUCGUGUCAGGAUAAACUCGACUCGUCGCUGUGAACUUUGAAGCUUCUCAGGCUAGCUUAGCUUAGCUCGCCAGUUAGCUUAGCUUGCUAGCUGCUAACAAAGAGACGUGGAAGUUAGCAACACAUCUCCAAAGAGGUCAAAAGUGUUGUGAUUGUGUGAAAAUGUGUGAUAGAACGAUAUCAGAAUCCGAGGCGGAACUUUCUCGAACAAAAGAGGAGAACGAGCGACAACGUCAACUACUGGACGCUGUUUUCAUGAAGCCUCAAGUUGUGUUACUCAGAACAGAUGCGCAGCAGUUGAAAGAAAGUCCCCCUAAAUCACAGGGGGGGAACUCCACUUUGAAGCAGGAGGAUCCGCAGCCACCUCCUGUUAAAGAGGGGGAGCCACAGCCCCCCCAUAUUAAAGAGGAAGAGGAGGGAGAGUGUCUUCUAGGGCAGGAGGAGGCGGAUCUCACCAAGUUUCCACUGACUGUUGUCUCUGUGAAGACUGAAGACCAUGAAGACAAACCACCUGAGUCCUCACAGCUUCAUCCCAGUCCAAACGUCCAGCAGCUGAUUGGUCAUCAAGAAGAACCUCCCUCUCUGUUGCUGAUGGUGAGCUCCCCUUUGAAGCAGGAUAAUCCACAGCCCCCCCACAUUAAAGCGGAGAAGGAGGAACUGUGCAUCACUCAGGAGGGAGAGUGUCUUGUAGGAGAGGAGGAGGCUGAUCUCACCAACUUUCCACUGACAGUUGUGUCUGUGAAGACUGAAGACCAUGAAGACAAACCACCUGAGUCCUCACAGCUUCAUCACAGUCCAAGUGAGGAGAAGAGAGAGGUGGAGCCUCCAACCAGCAGUUCACUACAACACAUGACAGCAGAAGGUGAUGGAGACCACUGUGGAGGAUCACAAGCAGACAACCUCUUAGCUCCACUGUCAGAUAGUGACGACUCAACGUCACACAUUAAUGUAAAUACAAAAUCACACAUGAAAACACACACAGGGGAAAAAACUUUCAGUUGUACAAUUUGUGGUAAAAUGUUAUCUCACCAAUAUAAUAUGCUGUCACAUAUGAAAACACACACAGGAGAAAAACCUUUCUGUUGUUCAGUUUGCAGUAAAAUAUUCUCCCAAAGAGGAAAUAUGACAAGACACAUGAGAACACACACAGGAGAAAAACCUUUCAGUUGUUCAGUUUGUGCAAAAGACUUUGGUACAAACUCUCAUUUGACUCAACACAUGCGAACACACACCGGAGAAAAAUCUUUUAUUUGCCCAAACUGUGGCAAAAGGUUUUCUCAAAGAAGAACAAUGCUGUCACACAUGAAAACACACACAGGAGAACGACCUUUCAGUUGUUCAGUUUGUGGUCAAAUAUUUUCCAGAAAAUGCAAUAUGCAAAUACACAUGAGAACACACACAGGAGAUAAACCAUUCAGCUGUUCAGUUUGCAGUAAGAUAUUUUCCACAAAAAGUAAUAUGCAAAUACAUGUGAGAAUACACACAGGAGAAAAGCCUUUCAAUUGUUCAGUUUGCGGUAAAAUAUUUUCCAAUAAAAGUAUUCUGCAAAGACACAUGAGAACACAUACAGGAGAAAAAAACUAUAUUUGUUCAGUUUGUGCAAAAGGCUUUGGUUCAACCUCUGACUUGACUCAACACAUGCGAACGCACACUGGAGAAAAACCUUUUAUCUGCGCAAACUGUGGCAAAAUGUUUUCUCAAAGGAGAACAAUGCUGUCACACAUGAGAACACACACGGGAGAACGACCUUUCAGUUGUUCAGUUUGCAGUAAAAUCAUUUCCCAUAAAAGUAAUUUGCAAAGACACAUGAGAACACAUACAGGAGAAAAACCUUUCAGUUGUUCAGUGUGUGGCAAAAUGUUCUCCAAAAAAAGUAGUAUACAAAUACACAUGAGCACACACACAGGAAAAAAAACGUUCUGUUGUUUGGUUUGUGAUAAAAGAUACACUGAGAAAAGUAAAAUGCAAAGACACACGAGAAUGCACACAGGAGAAAAACCUUUUUUUUGUUCAGUCUGCGAUAAAGGAUUCUCCUGCAAACGUAAUAUGCAAACACACAUGAGAACACACACGGGAGAAAAACCUUUCAGUUGUUCAGUCUGUGAUAAAAGAUUCUCUUUCAAAGGUAAUAUGCAAACACACAUGAGAACACACACAGGAGAAAAACCUUUUAGUUGUUCAGUGUGUGGUGAACGAUCCUCACACAAACAAAUAAUGCAAAUACACAUGAGAACACACACAGGAGAAUAACGUUUUCUUUUAGGAAGUCCUCUUUGAAUGGACUCCUGCAGGGUCACUAAUAGUCUACUGCAAGGCUUCUUUGAAGUUUGGACUGCGUUCCAGAGCCAGACAACAAGUCAGUGGGGAACCAGCCAGCCCACUUUAAGUUAAGAAUUACAAAUCAAUAUCAAAUACAGUGUUUUUAAAUAUGAUCCACAAGAUCUUUUAAAGGGGAACUGCACUUUUUUAGAAUGGUGUCUUAUCAUUCACAAUCCUUAUGUAAGACAAGCACUCAUGUUUUCCUCUUUUAUGAAUUCUAUCUCGUGAAUAAAUGCUUGCAAGACUAGAUAACCCUUACAUUUUUGAGCCUGAAUAUAUGCAGGAUGUGUUACAAGUUUUAGAAGCUGAGUGAUAAGCAGAUCCAAGAAGUAGCAGUAUUGCUAAGUGCUAAACAAGACAUACAAACAACAAAAAUAAUUAAACAAGCACUUACUGUACAAUGUCUGCUCCCACUGGAAAGUCAACUGAUGGAAUGUUCAUAUCUUCCCAUUCGGAUGAAGAAAUAAUCACAAU